CUGACUGCAGGAGGAGCAUUUACCUGACAGUAAAUAUAAACGCUGCUGCUGCUCUCUCUGUUUUUCUUUUGACCAAAUCCUCGGCAUGUUUCAUUCAAAGAGUGUGCUUUAUUAACGUUUUGUGCUCUUUUUGUUUUCUAAGAAACUUUAUUUGUGUGAUCUGUCUGGAGUUGCAUUCACUAAAGUUCGAUCUUCGACCUCCGACUAAAGUUCAACCUUUGCACCUGCAGAGAUGUCAGAGAUCUGCUCCAGUCCAGAUGAUCCAGAGAUCCGGAUUCUUCUGAUGGGCAGAUUUGGUUCUGGGGCAAGCUCAUCUGGAAACACUAUAGUGGGGGACAAGAGGUUUAAAAUAAAGAAGCAUGAGUCUGAAGUUUGUGAGGGCAAAACACAGAUUGGAGAGAAGCAGGUGCAUGUGAUUAUUUCUCCAGAUCCACGGGAUCCAGAUCUGUCUGAAGAGCAGCUGGAGAUGAUGAAAGAUCAGCUGGUCGAACGAUGUUCAGCAGGUCUCAGUGCAGUUCUGCUCACCGUUCCUCUAGAAGAGCCUGUGAAAAAUGAGGAAGAGAUUCUGGAUAACAUUAAAAGUUUAUUUGGUCCUGAAGUUCAGAAGUACAUGAUGGUCCUUUUCACACGUGGAGAUGAACUGGAGGAAAUGGAUGAGCCAUUGACAAUUGAGGAAUAUCUACAAAGCAAAGAUCAUGCAGAUCUCCAGGGACUGGUGACUAAAUGUGAAGGAAAGUUUCACUGUUUCAAUAACAAGAGUAAAUCAGACAGUCAGGUACAAGAACUACUGAAGAAGAUUGAACGGAUGAUCAUGAAGAACAGAGGGAAACUUACCAUGAAACAAAUGAAAAGGCGUGACAGCAAAAGAGGUUUUCCAGUCAAUUUUUCAGGAAAGUCUCCAGCUCAAGAUCCAGAUGAGCUUCAUAUGAUUCCUGAGAAGAUAGACCAGAUCAGGCUGGUUCUGCUGGGAAAAACUGGAUCUGGGAAAAGUGCCACUGGAAACACCAUCAUCGGAAAAAAUGUGUUCAAAUCUUCAGCCAGUUCGAAGUCUCAAACGAAACAGUGUCAAUUAGAAACUACAGAGAGGAUGGGUAAAGAGAUCUCAGUGAUUGACACACCUGGACUUUAUGAUCCUGAACUCAGUGAAGAGGAAAUUAAAUCUGAAAUAGUGAAAUGUGUAACAUAUGCUUCUCCUGGACCACAUGUUUUUAUUAUCAUCAUUAGAGUGGGUCGAUUCACUGAGGAGGAGAAAAACACAGUGCAACAUCUCAAAGAAGUGUUUGGAGAACAGAUACUAAAAUACACCAUGAUCCUCUUCACUUACAAAGAUCAGUUGGAGAAACAAAAUAAAACCAUUGAGCAGUAUCUAGAGGAAGGUGAACCAGAUCUCAAAAAACUUGUUGACAGUUGUGGAAACCGAUUCUUCUGUCUGGACAAUGAGUCUGCCAGUUUCCCACAGUUCAAAGAUCUGAUCAGUAAAAUAGAGACGAUGAUAGAAGAGAACAGAGGGACACACUUUACAAGUGAUAUGUUUGAGGGUACAGAGAAACACAUUCAGGAGAUUCAGAAGCAGAAGUUAUAUGAGAAAAUGAAGCAGUACAAACAGGAGCACAAACGGCUCACUAAAACCGAAUGGAAGAAAAUAUACUUGCGUUUAGUUGAGGAGUCACGACGAGAAGCUGAGCAAUCUUUUUCUGAUAGAAAUCUGCAACUCCUGGGGAAGACAGUGACCAGUGAGGAGGGAGCGAGUGACACAAAGGAAUCUGAGCACAAAGUAACCGGUCGUUUUAGGGCAGUUAUACUUGCAUUCACAGAGAGGAUGUGUGUGAUUCAGUGAAAAACCACAAUGAUCAGACAAUAAAUCUCAAGUGGUCUAGUGGAAGUUACUUGACCAGUUUUUUUAGCUUUACCUUUAUGCAUUGGCAUUGCAAACCAAACAUUAUUUUUUUAAUAUAUAUAUACUUGGUUUAACCAUAUCUUUGUGUUAUUGUUUUUUUUUUUUCACUUUUAUUUCUAUAGUGUUUUAUACAAUACAGAUUGUUUCAAAGACAUAUUGAAAGUGAAAAUCAAAUCAGACAAAUUUAGAUUCUACUGUAAAGCAACUCAGAAGACAAUAAAAUAGCUGUUCUGAUCAAUUCAGUUCAGUGUUAAUUCAGUUCAGUUCAAUAACUGUAUAAAGUUCAUCAAUUAUGAAACAAAACUGAUUCAACGAUAAAGCAGACAACAAUAGAGUCAUCAUUCAGCUCGAUUCAGUUCAAGUUUUGCUCUAAUCUGAAAGUGUCAGUGCAGUCAAAUCAAUUUUAUUACUGAAUAUUAAACCCCAACUAAUCAAGCCAAAGGCAACAGUGACAAGAAACAAACUCUAUCAGGUGACAGAAAUGGAGAAAAAAAAUCCUUGGAAGAAACCAGUUCUGCUCUCACUAAUCCUGGUGAACCACAAACAUGAACAUUGAACAUUUACACAAACAUCAAUUUCUCAGUUCAGGAUAGUUGUAGCUCCUUAUCUUUAAAGCACAUGAUCUUUCAAGCAAUCAACUUUACAAUAAGUGGACUACUUGUGAUGGACUGACCCUUGAGAGAAAUGAUGGAUCUUAAUCCUGAUUCACUUUAGUGUAUCCAGCUGUGCUAAAGUGAGCUGAACAUAUAAAACAGCUUCAAUCUGAGCUGAACUGAAACUGUAACAAGUGCCCUCAACCGUAGGUUGGAGCAAUGGACAAGUUUCAAAGUUAAUGGAGAACAGAAUUAACACUGGCAGUAAAUGAAUCACAAAGUCAUACAAGGAAAAUACUCAAAAAAAAAAUAUAUUGUAAUUGAGCAGUCACAUAAAUAACAUGAAACAGAAUUGGAAACAACAACAACAAUAAAACAAUAAAAUGAUACACAAAAUAUGAAUUCUCUGUGUUGUCUUUGGUUUUCUUCUCUUAUUCUUUUAAGAUUUGAUUUCCCUUUUUUUCGUCAAACAAUUUAAUCUAAGUUAUCUACUUCAUCUCUGUGUACAUAGAUUUUAGUAAGACAUUUAUUUGAUUUAGUUGUAUUUUGGACAGCUCUUAAGCUUCACUGUCUUUUUAUUUUUUGAGUUUAGGAUUCUUAUUCUAUUUUGCUUUUAGUGCUUGAACUUCCUGUACCAUUUUAAACAAACCAAAUAAACCCUUAAACAAGGUACAAUGUCAUAUAACCACAAUUCAACCAAACUGGAACUUCUUAUCACAACUGAAAUGUUCAAAUAAAAAGAAAACCAAAUCCAAAAUCACUCAACAUUUUAAAAUAAAUCAUAUUAACAUUCAGAAGAUAUGCAAACAAUCUUUACAGCGUGCAUAAUGAUAUGCAUAGAAACAUAUCUUCCAAAGUAAAUAAAAUACAGAUAAACUCACCAAAUCCCGAGUUUCACAGUUUGUUAAACAUCAGCUUCAUAUUCAGAGGAGCUUCACAAUCAGCUAGCAUCCACGCUUAAAUCAGAAAUCAUCAUUCUAAAAUGAUUUAUUAUCCUCAACCAUAAAGUAUUAUAAAACCAUUUUAACAUUUUUUAUAGGAUUUUAUGUCAAAAUAUACAACAACAACAACAACAAAAAACUAUUGCAACAAAAAGAAACAUAACAAUACACAAUACUUUCCCUGUAGCAUCUGGGCCAAUCAGACACACACACAUUAUUUAAUAAAAACUGUAACAAAUGCAGCUAACACCAAGCCUUUGGUUACAGGACACAUGGAAGAAUGAUAAGGUUUAUGACCCAAAGGAAUUUAGAGAGUAUUAUUACUUUUCUAUGUAUUAAUUUUGGAUUAAUGUUUCAGAAUUGUCUACCAUGGUUAACUAAGAUCACAUGGGUCGCAUGUUUGGUAUCUAUGAACUCCAAUCUUCGUUCUCGAUUUGUUAAUUUACAUUACAUGUUAGUAACUCUGUGACACAUUAGUAUUACAAUAAUCUAGAAGGUUCUUCUCUCAAACACCCAAGCCAAUGUCGUAUGCUAAUAUCCUGCUAAAGGACAAAGAGUCGUAAAAGUUCCCUCCAAAGGAACAACUCCUUAUUGGCUCAGUCACCUCCAGAGGGUGUGGCAUCUUCACACUUUACAAAUCACUGAUCACAAGAUCACAGCGGUUCCUUUACUGAUAAACGCUGAUGUGAAGAUGAUGCUGAACUAUAAAAUGUCUUGUGCCAGGCUGCAGCCUUGUCUUUUCAUUCACCAAAGAUCAUCUGACUCCAACUGGUUCUCUCUCAUCAAAGAUCAAUGGGAGCCUCCACAAAUUACAUCAGGACAGUUUAAUUCAAAUGGGCGAGACAUGCAAGUAUCAAACUUAGUCUCAUUAUUUGAUUCAUUAAGUAUCCUUACCCCUUUUAAAGAAGGGUGUGUUAGAACUAAACUGAUGGUUUGCUCAAGGCUGUUGAUCUGCUGAAUUUCAAACAAUGCUGUAACUUCUUGCUUCCUGUAUUCUGCUUUAGCUCUCUCUUUCUCUUGGUAAACUGUAUGCAUGUAUGUGUGUGAAUGUUAGAGUAGUUAAGUGUUUAGUCUAGUUAAUAAAGUCUUGUUCAUGUCACAUGUAAAGUUGUCCAUGUUUCAUGCUCAUAUACUGGAGUCCCUAAUCAUGCAGAUUCUGACUACAGGCUCUGAGUAGUACUGUACAGUAAGAUUGUUAUUUCCCAUGACCAUUUGAAAUGAACAUUUCUUAGAAUUAAUAAACAAUUAACCAAGUGUUCACAGGACAAACAGGUUAAUUGAUUGUAAUAUUAAUUACAUUAAGUUAAUUCUAUUAACUGAUCCAAAUAUUUAUAAUUAAUUAUAACUAGUUAUAAUUAAUUACACUGUAAACCCGGAUAAGUAUCUGUGUGGAGGGAAAGCGCCUGAGUACACGUUCAGCGAUGACGUCACAUUUUGGUAAUAAAUCACCACUAGAGGGUGUAUGUUUGACAUUCAAAUAUUUGAUUAUGGUUGAAUCUAUUUUUUCAAGUUCCCUGAACUCUAAACUUUAGCGGAGUUGUAAAAACUAAAAAAAAAAAAAAUAUUUAGUGUUAACUUAAAUGCAAGCAAGUGUCAUUUGGUGAUUACUUGUCUUUUGAAUAUCUGGGUAUUGUGUUAAAAGUUGCUCCUCGCAUUCUACUUAUAGUUAUUUACAGGCCUCCAAAAGUCUCCAGCCUUUGUUGAGCACUUUACUGAACUGUUAUCAGCAAUUUCCUCAGAGUUUGACUGUUUUGCUAUUACUGGGGACUUUAACAUCCACAUAGAUAAUGCAGAAAUCAAUAUGGCAAAAUAAAUCAUAACUGUUUUGAAUACGUUUGAUCUGACUCAGCAUGUAAAUGGACCCUCACACAAUCGUGGACACACUCUAGAUUUACUUAUCAGUAAGGGUCUAAACAUUUCAUCCAUUGUCAUUAAGGAUGUAGCACUAUCUGAUCAUGUCUGUAUUUUUCUUUGAUCUUUCCUACUGUUGAAGCUAGAUCAAUAUCUGUCAAAAAGCGAUGCUUAAAUGAGAAUACCAGUGCACUGUUUAUGAAGGCUAUAUCUUUAACACCAAGCAUAUCUGCAGACUCUUGAUUUUCUCCUUGAUUCUUUUAACUCAAAAGUAAAGAAUGUUAUUGAUGACAUUGCUCCUGUGAAAGUCAGGAAGAAGAGUGACAGACAAAAAGUGCCUUGGAGAAACUCAACAGCAGCGCAAAAUAUGAAAAGACAAUGCAGAAAAGCUGAGCGUAUGUGGCGUAAGACAAAAUUUGAAAUCCAAUAUAAAAACUAUAAAGAUAACCUUCAUGCUUUCAGUGUGGACCUAAACAAAGCUAGACAGACCCUCUUUCCAAAUAUUAUAAACAGCAACUUAAACAACACCCGCACUCUUUUUGCUACUGUAGAGAGACUAACAAACCCCCCAAGUCAGAUUCCCAGUGAAAUGCUCUCAGACAGCAAAUGCUGUGAGUUUGCUUCCUUCUUCUCUGAGAAAAUCAAUAAUAUCAGAAAGGCGAUCAGCACAUCCUUGAGCUGCGUUGGGGUUAAACAGAUCAGAUCACAAAAUUUUGGAAGAAACAGUACAGAUCAUCAUUACUCAACACUCACUUGUUUUCUGAAUGUUAUGUCUCUGAAUUGAUGGAUUGAUUUAUUGAUUAUUUAACUAAUAAUACUCUGAAUGUUAUGUUAUGUCUCUUAAUUUCUGUUUUGUAUUUUCUUGUGCUUGAUUGUUCGAUCCUUCUGUAUGCUGCCCUGUCCGUAUAAUGUUCCUUUACUGUAUCUUCUAACUAUUGUUUGUCAUCAUUGUCUACUCUACUUGUAUUAUCUCUUCCUUGUUAAAUGUACAUUGUAAAGCGUCCUUGAGCCCUGGAAAAGCGCUAUAUAAAUAAAACUUAUUAUUACUAUUAUUAUUAUUACAGCACCUUAAAACAUCAACCUGCGCCCUUGACACAAGUGGUAAACGCCUCACUUCUCUCUGGGACUUUUCCAAAAUCCCUGAAAACUGCAGUUGUUAAGCCCCUCCUGAAAAAGAGCAAUCUGGAUAACACCAUAUUGAGCAAUGACAGACCAAUCUCAAAUCUUCCUUUCCUAGGCAAGAUCAUUGAAAAAGUUGUUUUCAAUCAGCUGAACAAGUUCUUAAGCUUGAAUGGAUACUUUGACAAAUUUCAAUCUGGUUUCCGACCGCAUCACAGCACAGAGACAGCGCUCAUAAAGAUAAUAAAUGAUAUUUGCUUAAAUCAGGGGUGGGGAACGUUG